GACUAUGAAGCCGUCUCCUAUACCUGGGGAACCGAAUCCCACAACCGACCUAUCACGAUAGAUGAAAAACGAUUCUAUGUAUCGCCGACGCUCAAGCAAGCAUUGAAGCAGUUCCAUAAUGCUGCCGGAUUGCGCUGCUUAUGGAUCGACGCAAUCUGUAUAAAUCAAGCAGACCUCGAGGAACGGAAUCAGCAGAUUCAAUUCAUGGCAAGGAUCUAUCGCAACUCAAGUCGAUUGUUAGUCUGGCUCGGUGUCAGCGCUUCCAACAGCGACUAUGCAAUGAAAUUCCUGGAGGAACUUGGAGACCAGGAAGUGGAGGACCAGAACAGGUUUCUGGAAUGGAUCGAGAUCGACUCGAUUGCUAGCCUGAUUUCUCGACCUUGGUUUACCCGUACAUGGAUUCUUCAAGAAUUUGUACUUGCA